AUGACCAGCUCGCCACCGCGGCGCUCUGUCUCGUACUUCCCCAAGGCCGGCCGUCUCUUCAAGCGCUCCGAAUCCGACCACCAGGCCCUGCCGCGCCGCCCCUCGCGCAUUGCGCCCAUCUUCGACCAGGACCAUGCCGACCAUCCGCUGCGCCCGUUCGACGAGGAGGAGCAUACCCAAAACUAUGGCGAGGCUUCCGCGACCCCGUUCACCACUCCGCUGCCGCCCGAGCCCGUCGACCUCUCCGCUCCCUACCUCUAUCCCACUCUGUCCCGCAACGAGCGUCUGCGCCUGACCAUGACGUGGUACUAUACCAAAGACAUUGCCGAGGACGAAGAGCUGCUCCAGAAGCUCCAGGGAAUCAUCAAGCUAGUGCGCUCAUUCAUUGGCUGGGACUUCGUCAUCAUGGGAAUCAUGUCCGAGAAUACAUACCAGCGGCUGGUGACCGAUGGAGUGCCCUUGGCCUUGCUUCCUAGAAGGGAGAGCACCUGCGCGCACACGAUCAACCAGGCCCGCGGGGUCUUUGUCCUUCCGAACAUGCUAUCAGAUUGGCGCUUCUGCCAUUCGCCCCACGUCCAGGAAGGAGGAUUGCGUAGCUAUGCUGGAGCCCAGUUGCGCUGUGAAACGGAAAACGGACAGUUCGUCGCUUUGGGCUCUUUGUGCAUAGCCAUGAAUUCUGAGACAGAGGGACUUGAUGCGGACAAGCAAGCAGCCCUAUCACGCUUCGCGGAUAUUCUCAGCGCCGAAAUCGUCAACAGGUCACGUAUCAACCGUCAACGCCAGCGCCAGGCCAUGGGCGAUAUGCUAUCCAGGAUCAAGUCUAGGGCGACGCAGCAUACUGUAGAGGACUUGGUGAAAGACGCUCUUCGGGACAUCUACCCGGACGCAUCAAUUACCCUGCAGGACUCAGACAACGGCAUCAUCGAGCUCGAGGCCCGGCCACCAAUCUCCUUCUCCGACGACGUGCAAGACGGCUUGUGGGAGGACACGGAGUACCUGGAAAAUCUGAUUCGAACGAGCAAUCACUCCCGACUGGAAUCCGAUCAGACCAUUCGCGCCAUGGUCGCACGAUGCCAAAAGCAACCUGUCGCCCGCUUUUUGGUCGUAUCGUUCAUCAAAGUCCAGCUCAUCUUGGACGAUGUUGACGCGUGGUUCGUCGAGUCUUGUGCAAUAAUACUGUUCGACUUUUAUCACGAGCGCCUUCUUGCUGAGGCCUUGAAAGCUAAGGAGACCUUUUUCCGCGGCAUCACCCAUCAGCUUCGCACUCCCAUCCACGGCAUCCUUGGUUCCGUGGAGCUUCUUGGGGAGGAACUAUUUUCGACGGCAGAGCACGCUCUUUCUAACGGUGCAGCCAAACGAGCGAGCAUCGCAUCAAGCGUCACAGAAUCGAGCACGGACUUUUACACGAGCAAAAACGCUCGACUGUAUCUGCAAUCAAUUACCAAUUCCGGGCGCGAACUGAUGUCGACGGUCAACAACAUGCUGAUGUUAAAUCGCUGGGCGGAGUCGAGCAGGUCAAUGAAGCAAGCUUCGUACUACGAACUGAAUCUCCUCGAGGCCGACAUCUUACGGGACAUCACUUUAAUGCUUCCAGAGGAGGAGCUGGCUUCAACGUCGAUAUUAUUUGACAACCAACUCACGAUUGAGUGCAGCAUUGUCACGAUUGACAUCGGUCUUCUCAAAGAAUGCUUGCAGUCACUGAUCCUGAACGCUAUUCAAUCAACAAGUCAGAAUGGGAGCGUUCUUGUCAUAAUCACCGCGAAGGAUGACUACUCCACGUUGCAAUUUGAUGUCAAGGACACAGGGGCUGGCAUUUGCAAAGAGGACCAGAGUCGAAUUUUCGAAGCUUAUGAGAAGGGCGACGCACAUACCAGAGGCGUCGGGCUGGGUUUGACCAUUUCCUCCAAGAUAGCCACGUCCAUGAAUGGCUCUGUGUCCUUGGUCUCAUCAGAAGUUGGAAAAGGAUCACACUUCCGGGUGGAACUUCGAAACCCGGGCUUUGCUUGUCCAACAGACCAUUGCCCCUAUAUACGUCCUGCCAUGAAAGACGUCCCCAAACGAUACCACGAGGUACCCACAGGCCAGGAAGUCAUGCCACUGGUCCGACACUUUAUGAAUUACCUCGAACACCGUGGCUAUGUCCGUUCGGACAUCUCAGAAGGUGCGCUCAACCUCGUCAGCUACUGUGAGGACGAGAAUGAAUUCCAGGAUCACUUCAAGAGAGUGGACCCCACCGCCAUAUCCGUAUGUCUUAUCCCUUCUCGUGCGAGCACGCGCUCGCUCCAUGUCCCUUCUGCAAACAGCCGGAUCCUCUUCUUCGAAGGCCCGUUCCUUUCCACCCGCCUCUACGACAUCCUCUACCAAAUCAACGGAACCUAUGCCAAGCUCAAGCAGCUGCCUGAGCAAUCACCCAUCACCAAUGGCGUGCCAGUUGGCCCAAACGAGCAGAUACACGACGUGUUCGCGCGGAAAAUGCGCAUCGUUGAGCCCAUCAGCGCGCUCCUCGUCGACGACAAUGCCAUCAACCUGCGCAUAUUCAAGCUCUACUGCGAGAAGCGCAACAUCCCGUACGCCUGCGCCGUGGACGGAAACGAGGCGGUGGCGCAGUACAAGGCACACUUGCAGACGCAACCGCUCAACCUCAUUUUCAUGGACAUGCAAAUGCCCAAUUGCGACGGCAUCGAGGCGACCAAGCAGAUCCGCGAGAUUGAGCGCAGCUGCGGCCGCCACGCCGCUGUCAUCUUCAUGAUCACUGGUCAAGAUUCGCCAAAGGACAAGGCGCAGUCGAAGCAAGCGGGUGCGGAUGAGUUCUUCGUCAAGCCCACCAGCCUCAAGACGCUCGACCUGGGCAUCGCGCAGUAUUUCGAACCGGUGGCUCAACGCGAUAUUCCGGUCGGCUGA